AUGGGGGCGAGGAUCGCGGCCCCCGGAGUUGACGGCAUCCUAGUCCGAGAAUUUUCACUGGCCCUGGAGAUGUGUGGCGAACGAGUGCGGCGGCUUUUCGACAGCUGCCUGAGGACCGGUUGCUUCGCGGUGUGUUGGAAGAGGGCGAGAGUCGUCCUGACCCCCAAACCGGGGAAGCAGCCGGGCUCUCCUAACGCAUACAUGCCGAUAUGCCUGCUCGACGUGGCGGGCAAGAUUUUCGAGCGCAUUCUAGCUACCCGCUUCCAAGGGCAAUUAGCGAACGCAGGUCCCGACCUCAGCGUCAGCAAUUUCCGAUUCCGGCAGGGUCGAUUGACGAUGGACGCGGUUAAGCGCAUUGGUAACCUGUCGGAGGCUGCCGUUGACCGGUGCGGUGUGGUACUGGCAGUCGGCGUGGAUAUCGCCAACGCCUUUAAUACGCCAUCCGGUAUGCUCUGUUGCACCACAGGGAUCCCCAGCACAUGA